GAGAUUGUUGAUCAGAUCCCAAUGAACACACCACUGCAGCUCCAGCUCUUCUCCAGCAUUCCAGGCUUUGGUGCGCGUCUCUUCUCCUGGAUUCCAGGCUUUGAUGCGCAUCAUCAGGACUCAACCAAACUGAAUGCAUUUGUUUGUAUUGCAUCUAGGGAUGCUUAAACUUAUAUGUAAUUGUGUUUGUUUGUAAUGUUUGGUUAAUUUGAAUGUUCUCUAGCUAUGUACUGUGCGACCAUGAUAGUUGGUCUGCUAGGUGUUUGUAUAAAUGCCUGAUGCUUAAUCAAAUGAAAAGCAGUGAAUUAUUGAGUGUGAAAUAUAUCAGACUUCUUUCUCAUUCAUUCUGUUAUCAAUGUAUGAUUAAGUUGUGAUACAAUUGUGUGAGAUUCGAGUGUCAAUUCCAAAAAUUCACAUCCAUCUCAAGUGUGCUGGCUGCUUAUUCUUGCUCUCGAUCCAAACAGUUCUGCCACUUGUAUUCCAUAGUCUUCAUAUUUUCUGACAUAUCCACCCAAGUCUUAUUCUUAGUUUGAUUUGUCAAAGGUUCAAAGAGAAUCCAAAUCUCUGAAAAUACAGAAUUUGGGCAGGUUCAUUGAACCACAUUUUCAUCUUUCCCAUUCAAAACACUAGUCUCACUCUUUUGCUCUUGAGCUUCCAAUGAUGGCGGCACCGGCGCCGGAAGGAUUUAGGCCUCUCGACGAGAAGUCUCUGGUCGAGUAUAUGAAGGCCACACCGGCACUGUCGGCUAGGCUCAGGAACCAGUUAGACUCCCUCAGCAUCAAGGAGGUUGGCGAUGGCAAUCUCAACUUUGUUUACAUUGUCAUUGGCCCUGGUGGAUCCCUUGUCAUCAAGCAGGCUUUGCCGUAUGUUCGUUGUGUUGGGGACUCAUGGCCAUUGACGAAGGAGCGAGCAUAUUUUGAGGCAUUGGCUUUGAAAGAUCAUGGUCGGUUGUGUCCAAAUCAUGUCCCGGAAGUAUAUCAUUUUGACCGCUCUAUGUCAUUGAUUGGCAUGCGGCACAUAGAGCCUCCGCACAUUAUUCUACGGAAAGGAUUGAUUGCUGGAAUUGAAUAUCCACUACUUGCAGAACAUAUGGCUGAUUUUAUGGCGAAAACACUUUACUUCACAUCUCUUCUUUAUUGUUCAACUUUAGAGCAUAGAGCUGCAGUGGCAGAAUAUUGUGGGAAUGCAGCCAUGUGUAGGCAUACAGAGCAGGUCAUCUUCUCAGAUCCAUAUAAAAUUGCCAAGUAUAAUCAUUGGACGUCUCCGUACCUUGAUCAAGAUGCUGAAGCAAUUCGAGAUGAUGAUACACUAAAAGUUGAAGUGGCUGACUUGAAGUCCAUGUUCCGUGAAAGAGCGCAAGCUCUAAUCCAUGGAGAUCUUCACACUGGGUCAGUAAUGGUGACAAGUGAUUCUACUCAAGUAAUAGAUCCGGAAUUUGCAUUUUACGGACCUAUGGGUUUUGACAUAGGAGCAUUUUUGGGAAAUUUGAUUUUGGCCUUCUUUGCACAAGAUGGACAUAGUAGUGAAGGAAAUGACCGUCGAGCAUACAAAAAGUGGAUUUUGAAGACAAUUGAAGAGACCUGGAACCUUUUUCAUCAGAAGUUCAUUUUCCUUUGGAAUGAACACAAGGAUGCGGGUGGCGAGGCAUAUCCUUCAGAUAUUUACAACAAACCGGGGGUACAGGUCCUUGCACAGAAGAAGUACAUGAGAAACUUGUUUCAUGAUACUCUUGGCUUUGGUGCCGCGAAAAUGAUAAGGAGGAUUGUGGGUAUUGCCCAUGUAGAAGAUUUUGAGUCAAUCCAAGAUGCUCAAAAGCGAGCUUAUUGUGAACAUCACGCUCUUGAAUGUGCAAAGAAGCUUCUAAAGGAGAGAUGCCAAUUUGAAUCUAUUGAUCAAGUUAUUUCAGUAAUUCAGCAGAUUCCUGUUUGAUGGUUGGAAUGCAACCAGUGCUCUUACCAUGCAAUAUAUAUAUAUAUAUAUAUAUAUAUAUAUAUAUAUAUGACAAAAACAUCUUCUAUA